CGCCUUUCGCGAAGGAAACCGACAAAAAAACCCCGCCUUCCCGUAGACUUCGCUGGAGUGCACGUCGCGAGCACGACUACGUGUUGCGUUUGUUGAAAGUCGUCGGUCUAUCGGCUAGACUCGCCACCAAGAUGGUCAUCCAGGUCGUCGAGAGCACGGAGGACUUCGACAAGAAGCUCGAGGAGGCCGGUGACAAGCUGGUGGUGGUGGACUUUUAUGCCACCUGGUGCGGGCCAUGCAAGAUGAUCGAGCCCUUCCUAAAACAACAGUCUGAAAUCCUCAGCGACGUGGUCAUCUUCCUCAAAGUGGACGUUGAUGAGAAUGAGGAGAUUGCGUCUCGAUACGACAUCUCAUGCAUGCCAACCUUCCUGUUCAUCAAGAAUAAGGAAAAGCUUGACGAAAUCUCCGGGGCCAACCAAGACAUGAUCAAGGAGAUGCUAGCGAAGCACAAGUAAACGAGCUCUCAACACCACCGGUCCACGGGCUGAAGAGAGGAAGGGAGAAGCCCGGUCGCUUUUUCACGAGCGUGCUCCUACUGCCUUCUUUUUCUUCAUUUAGCUCAGCGACAGGCUUCCUUCUUGUUUCAUAAGCCAGCCCUUUACAUUUAUACCUGUACUGCCUGCACCAUAUAAAGUAAGGGCCAGUCAAAAAAACUCGUACAGCCAGAUGUGUCCGCUUACAUAAUGGAAAUGCUUGAGCUUUCACUCGUACAUGCGCUUGCCUCUGCUGCCGUCCACAACAGUGACUUGCCUUUAACGCGCUUUCAGCAACGCCUGUUGACGAUGCGACGCCAACCCUUAAAUUCGCUGCUAUUUGUCAGCGUGCACUGAUGGCGGAUGCAGAGAUACUUGCUCCUUGAAACUCGCCUGUUGCUUGUUUAUCGGCUGUUGGAAUGAACGGGUUCUUGGAAUUGUUCCGACUUGACGCUGCACAUAUGACUGAGCCAUGAUUGUUUAAUCCUGACUUUUUCAGCCUCAUUCAACUUCAAACAGACGUCCUCACCUCGUUUAGAUUGCCUCAAUGAAAUUAAUACAGCUACAUUGUGAAGCAUUGGAAUGUUGGUAAAGAACAAGAGCCCAUUGUUACGUUGUUUUAGGUUUACACGCUGCAAAGCUUUUUGGAAUGCUAGUGUUAGCAAAUGUUGCGGGCUUGUCAUACAACGGGUAGUUUUGUAGGUUCUCAUCGACGUAAUCUCAGCAGUUCUGCGCGCGCUUUGCAAAUGAAGCAGCCUUCAACUUUAUAUUUAUACCAGGCAAGAAUAAGAGUUCAACUUGGAUUGAGCAGUGCACCCACGUAGGUCGCUUCGCAAGGACCAAGACUUUGCUUGGCUGCAUUUUGUUCUGUUUCUAAUUCACACAGUGUUCCAUUUUGGACCAGUUUUACAGUUUCGAUGUGCCGAGUGCUAUAUCUGCUAGUAGCGAGUUUUAGCUAGCAAUGCCUGAAGUAUUACUUGCUCGAAAAGUGACGGCAUUAGACAACAGCCGCUGGCAAUUUUUACUUAUUCAAGGUUCGCGGUUAAUCGCAGUGGUUGGAAGUCGCACAAAAGUUUCUUGAGAUGCAAUUUUAUGGAUUUUACAUGAAUUUUCGACGAAGUUCUCUGGUGCUGUGAUUUGACUGGUUUGUUUGCAAAGCACUUUUUUUUUUUCCACCAUAUUUUAUGUGGCUGGGCUGUGAUGUGUGUUGGCAUUGAUUUAAUUUUUGUACUGUUAAUAAAAAGCAAUUUUUUGCGCUUGAA